AAUGGAUUGUACCUACCACGUACAUUGUCCGUGACAGAAUCAAGAAGGACCAGUUUAAUCGGUUUCUUCGGCACAACUUGAAGUAUAUGUAUGUAUUCCCUACACAGUACAUGUAGAUACUAAAAUAAAGGUCCCUGCAUGAAUAGUUAUAUGUAUUAAGCAUUGAACAUCACAUCCAUUUCUUUCUCUUCACCUACAAGAACUUAGUUCAUCCUAACACUGAACAUUGAUCAUUACAACCUUGAAUCCUCCAAUUCCCUUCAACCGCUUCGUACAUAUAACAAAAUCCACCCCCAAGACUGCACAGAUCAGAAAACCCCUCUUGAUCUCCCCACUCGAUCUGACAGGUCGAUCAGUCUAUUUAUUACUUACAUAUUAAUCGCAUCAUUAUUAUUACUUCAUCGUCGAAUUAACAACUUUCGCAUGUCGGAAUUCGCACCGCCCACAGGCCCGCCGCCUCCCAAGGUCCCGGGGGGAUGGGUCGCCCGCUGGAAUGAUCAGUACCAUGAGUGGUUCUAUGUCAACACCUUCACCAAGAAGUCGCAAUGGGAUAAGCCCACCGAGCCUGCUGUCGACCCCAGUCUUCGCGAUGAUGGUGCCCCGCCUGGCCCCCCACCAGGCUAUAGCUCUGGCUCUGGCCCCUCACCUACCGAUAGCAAGAACAACCCCUUCAUCAAUGAGUCCACGAAGCCUGGUGGAUCCAGCUCCCACCUGCAUGACGAGGACGCGGAUGCGCGGUUAGCAAGACAGCUCCAAGAAGAAGAGAACGCUCGCGCACGCACGCCCGGUGGAGGUGCUGCUCAGUCUUAUGGCAACAGUCCCGCCCCGCCACAGGGCUAUUCGCCCUAUCCAGAUCAGCUCCCUCCUCGAUCAGGCAGCUCCUCGACAGACAAGGCUAAGGGCUUACUUGGCAAGUUCUUCGGUAAUAAGAACAAGCAUGGUAGUGGUGGAUACGGUGGUGGUGGUGGAUACCCUGGCCAACAGUCGUAUGGCGGCUAUGGAAGCCCACAACCCCAGCAGGGAUACUACCAGAGUCCUCCGCCCCCAGGUCAGUACGGCGGAUAUGGCCCCCCUCCUGGCCAAUACGGGGGCUAUGGUGGUGGUGGCGGAUAUGGCGGUGGAUAUGGCGGAGCGCCUCAGGGUGGUUACUACGGCGGCCAACAACCCAUGCAAGGUGGUAGAAAAACCGGCGGGGGGAUGGGCGCGGCCGGAGGUGCUGCCUUGGGUCUGGGUGCCGGUCUGCUUGGUGGUGCGCUGAUUGCGGACGCCGUCAACGACGGACAGCAAGAUGCCUACCAAGAUGGAUACCAGGACGGCGAUAUGGGCGGUGGUGACGACUUUGGUGGCGGUGAUUUUUAAACCAAGGACACCGGGAGUCUUUUUCUUUUCUUUGCGCUUGUAAUUAAGGUAGUGGACGAUGGCUACUACGAAAGACAGACUAGGCAUGGGUUCAGAAGCAUACGUGUAUUGAUUAUGAAUUAAUGAAAACGAGCAACUAAGCAUGAAUGCGUUUGCAAAUGAGUAA